UAAAUUGAGUCAAACUUGUAAACACUUUACACUUUUCCUCUUAUAACUGCUGACAAACAGCUGUUCCUGAUCGCGGUCACUCUUUUUACACUUUCUCCGCAUUCUUAUUGUUUUUCUAAGUCAGAAGUUUAUUCUUUCCACACGUUUUCAUUGCAAUGAAUUAUCUUAUUUUACUUGCCUUUUUGGCAAUAACUUUGACUGUUUCAAACGUGGAAGGCGCCAAGAAAAUGCAUUCGGAUACGUCAAAACCACUCUGCGGACUUUGUGUUAAUGUUGUAAAGCAGCUCGAUCAGGUUUUGGAACACGGAGGUGAUAUUGAAGCGGCAGUUGACAAAUUUUGCAAAGAAGAUGUUCCAUCAUUUAUGGUUGAUAUGUGUGAAAAGGUGAUCGAGAAGAAUUUGGAAUACAUUAUCAAUAAACUGAAGGAUCACGAAGAAGCCGAUAAGAUUUGCACUGAUAUUCUUCUUUGUCGCACUCCAAAACAAUAUUAUUUCUUGGAAACUCAGAAGUAACUCGUAAUUUUUUUAAAUAAAUAUUUUUGAAAUAAUAAAUUUGCAUUUAUAACU